AUGGCUUCGGUUCCCGCAGAACUGAGCUUGGAUAUAAGACCCUCCCUUGUCUCCAAAACCAUUUCCGAUUUCCUCCGCCACCUCUCCUCCGCCCCCGACAAGCUCCUCACCCUCCACGAUUUGCUCGCUAGAUUGGAAGACGAGCUCCGCAAGAUCCACGCCUUCAAGCGCGAGCUUCCUCUCUCUAUGCUCCUCUUAAACGACGCAAUUUCAGUUCUCAAGGCGGAAUCGCAUAAAUGCCGGCCGCGUGAUUCUCCGCCGGUGUUGGAGGAGUUCAUUCCCUUAAAGAAAGAGCUUGAUCAGGACGAGAAAAAUGAUGAUCAUGAUAAAGAUAACGAAUGCAGGGAUAAGAGGAAUUGGUUGAGUUCUGUUCAGCUUUGGAAUAACACUACCACUAAUAACAAUGCGUCUGGUGGGAAGCAACAACUCCAUAAAUUAGAAUCCAAGGUAGAAUAA